AUGAAAGUCCAAAGGAGACAGCUAGCACGAUUUCAAAUCGAAGAACCUAGUUCAACUAGUCACCCUUUACACCUGUCCAUCAGCGAAAAGGAUGCUGAUACUUUAGGAAUAACAACAAAAGAAGACUCUCAAUCAUUGUUUCUCUCCGUGUGUUAUAAGAGGUCAUCUGAUCUCGAUUACAGUUUCAGCAGCUCUUUUCCCGUCACUCCGUCCUCUGGGGGUCAGAUUAGUGUCAGUACCUCCCCUAGUGGGAGCCUUCCGUUCCCUCCAUCUUGUUCAUUUGACCUCCAUCAAGAGUCUAUCAAUGUAUGUUGUGAUCAGGAAUGGCUGGAUAUUGCUGUGUGCGUUUGGAUAAGAAAAGAGCAGGGUGAUAUUGUUGACAGAAAGUUGAAACCAGAAUCUAGUGACUUUAUAGUUUUAACUGGGACUCCAGACUUUUUAGCACAUUACCAGAUUGCUGCAGAAGAUGAUUUGUUCAUCAGACCAGUUAAAAUAUACCCAGUUCAGAAAAUUGUUAUUGGUGUGUCAAAUUUCAAUGCAUAUCGCUGGCUGCAGAGAGUUAACUUUUGUACAGGACUGUUGGUGGAAGUGUGUCUACACCCCAUACUGGUCAGGGAGAAUGACAUCUUCUUGGCUCCAUACUCUAAACUUUUCCUAAGUGACUCAGAAUUUGAUCCUUCAUUCUAUUUUGAUAUGCAGGUUUUAGAAUGCUGUCCUCUUAGGGUUGGGAGAAUCACAGUGAAUACUGAGAUAAUAAUCUCAUUCAUUGAUCAAGAUGUCAACAGGAAGAGUGCUGAGUUUCAGUUGGAUAGUCCAACAAAGGCUAUGGCCUCUAAAAGUGUUGACCAAUACCUAAUAUCAGACUUUUGUCAGGCUAUGCGACCAGACUCGCUGACACUCAAUGCUAAAACUAUUGGUGUCCAGAAAUCUUCAACACAACCCCUUUACAUAUCUUUUAACUACCAAGUAGUACAGCAACACAUCCUCUGGAAACGACUUUUGAUAAAACCACAACAAAAAGUGACUUUUGAUCCUCUUUACUACAUAGGUAUGACCAAACAAACAAUGUUGCAGCACGGAUUCUUUGAAGAAAGCCUUGUCCGUGUAUCACUAGACGAUACAACUCAGCCAUUUACAGUACCAUUUAGACUUGGUUUGGUCAAGUGUAUAACAGAGUCUCUAGAAAAUACUAACAAAGUGUUCAUUUCACCUCUGAUGUUGUUCAAUCUGCAAAUGACCUGUGCCAAACCUCAUGGCAUUAUUGGACCCAUUAGGAUAGAGAAAUAUCAUUAUGACCUGGAUCAGCAUGAUGUUGACUCUGGAACAACAAGUUCAUCCUGGAGCAGUAAGAUUCCAUUAGCAAGAGAAGUACAGAUCUCCAUAGUAAUCAGUCCAUACUACAGUCCAAGGGCCAUUCACACUGAGGCUAUCAAGGCCUACUUCACUGUGCCAAGGCUGAUGACGAAAGGUGACAUUAUACCAAUUCGAAGUACAGAUGACCCAGAAUUCACCUCCAUCGGUAUGGAGUCUGACCGGAGGAACCCUGUAGUUUUCUUUAAAGUUGUGAAGAUUGAUGGACCUGAUGUCUCUCUACCAUGUUACCUUUGUGAUAGUGGUUCUACCAGACUUAUACAGGUUGGGUCUGUACACAGUUAUAUUCCAGUAACCGCCACGUCGUACCUAUCCAGGAAUCCUCUUACUUACUGGGAACAGACGUAUCUGUUCGGGCUCAACAAAUAUGCUGACCGCAUGGAGGAGCUAAUUAGACCCUUACUCCACAAUAGCAUUUCAAGUCCCCAUCUGAAAGAUGUCUUGAGAUCAAUAAUGCUGAUUGGUCCCUCUGGAUGUGGAAAGACCACUAUGGCAACUGCUGUUGCUAGGCGACUGAAUCUUCACAUGUUUAAGGUAAAUUGUCACAGAUUAUAUGGGGAAUCUGCUCGAGUGAUGGAAGCCCGCAUCAAAGAUGUUUUCACUGCAGCCAGUAACUUCUCACCUUGUAUAAUGUACCUCCAUAGUAUACACGCCCUGGGGAAGGACAAGGAGAGGAACACAGACGAUCCACGUGUGGCCAGCAGUUUUCAGCUGUGUUUACGUCAACAACGGAGGGAACUGUUGGAAUAUCCAGUCAUUGUGAUUGGAUCCACUCAUUCACCUAACAUGCUCGCAGCAGAUGUAAGAGAAUCCUUCUUGCAUGAAAUACAGAUUGAGGCACCAAAUGAGGAAGAACGGUCUGAGAUAUUGGAUGGACUUCUACAAAAUGUGAACUACUCCGGGGAUCUUUCAGGACAAUAUCUCGCUCAGAGAACAGCGGGUUUUGUAUUAGGAGAUAUGGCUGCACUGAUUUCUCAUGCCAAACAGGAUGCCUACGAGAAAGUGUGCAAACUGUGUGGUGAUGGCCGCCGUCUGCUCUCAUAUGAUGAAGAGGAAGAUUUAUCAAUGGCAGGGGUAGUGGUUCAACAAGAAAAUUUUGUGUCUGCCUUAGACAAACUUCAGGAAGCACAUUCAGACACCAUUGGAGCCCCAAAGAUUCCAAACGUAACAUGGGCUGAUGUUGGUGGCCUGAGUGAUGUCAAAUCGGAAAUCUUAGACACUGUACAACUCCCUCUACAGUAUCCAGAACUGCUAGCUGCAGGACUGCGACGAUCAGGUGUGUUAUUAUACGGCCCACCAGGGACAGGAAAGACUUUACUGGCGAAAGCUGUGGCCACAGAGUGUUCACUUAACUUCCUCAGUGUAAAGGGACCAGAACUGAUCAACAUGUAUGUCGGGCAGAGUGAACAGAAUGUUAGAGAAGUGUUCCAUCGUGCCAGAAGUGCCACACCAUGUGUUAUAUUUUUUGAUGAGCUUGACUCCCUUGCACCCAACCGAGGGAAGAGUGGUGAUUCUGGAGGGGUCAUGGACAGGGUUGUGUCUCAAUUGUUGGCUGAGUUAGAUGGCCUUCACAAGUCAUGUGAUGUGUUUGUGAUAGGAGCAACCAAUAGGCCUGACUUACUAGACCCUGCACUACUACGACCUGGCAGGUUCGACAAACUGCUGUACCUGGGUGUCAGUGACAAUAAAGACUCCCAAGUCCGAGUGAUGAAGGCCCUCACAAGAAAAUUCAGUCUUGCAGAGGACUGUGAUUUAUCUGAUGUAGUAGAUGAAUGUCCCAAAAAUUUAACUGGUGCUGACUUUUAUGCCCUGUGCUCUGAUGCCAUGCUGAAUGCCAUUAAAGGACGAAUACAGAAGCUGGAAACAGGAGAAACCACUGACCAGAAAAAUGUGAAGGUGUCCAAGCAAGAUUUUCUAGAUGCUCUCUCAGCUUUAACUCCUUCUCUGUCAGAGCAGGAACUUGACCACUACCAACAGUUACAGCAGGAGUUUAAUAAACAGUGAGGGCUUAGUUUG